AUGAUCAUUGGUAUUCUGGUAGUCUGCUUCACUUCACCAAAACAAUCAGUUCCGAAAUGUGAGCUGAAGUUCAAUAAAAUAGAUCCAAGCCCAAUCGAAUACAAAUAUGGUCCACGAUCUGUCGCUAUCGGUGACUUUAAUAAUGACACUUGGUUCGAUGUCGUUAUCGCUAAUAAUGCUGUAGACAGUAUAAGUGUGGCUUUUGGAAAUAGCAACAUUACACUUGGAAGUCCAACAAUAUAUUCGACUGGUACUGGUUCUGCUCCUUACAUGAUCGCUGUUCAUGAUCUUGAUAAUGAUUAUCAAUUGGAUAUUGUCGUGGCAAAUUUUGGUACUAAUAAUAUCGGCAUAUUUCUUGGAUUUGGAAAUGGAUCAUUCAGUGAUCAAAGAGAAGUUUCAACUGGUGCAUCUCGUCCAAUUUCGAUUAGUAUUCCAGAUUUGAAUAACGACACACUACCUGAUAUUGUAACUGUCAAUCAUGGAACACAGAGUAUAAGUAGAUUCUAUGGGCAUGGAAAUGGGAAUUUUUCAUCUCCUGUAACAUAUCUAACUGGCUAUGACUCCCUUCCAAUGUCGUUGGUUAUUGGUGACUUCAAUAAUGACAAUUAUUUAGACAUUGCAAUCGCCAAUGCUGGUACUAAUAAUGUUGGUAUUCUUUUUGGUAAUCAAAAUAAUACUUUUGGAAACCUAAUCACAUUUUCAACUGGUGCUGGAUCUCAUCCAUAUUCAAUUGCUGUUGGGUAUCUCAAUGAUGACGUCUUCCUCGACAUUGUUGUAGCUAAUUACGGAACUAAAAACAUUGGUGUAUUUCUAAGCAAUACUAAUGGCAGUUUUACGAAUCAGAUAACUUAUUCUAUUAAUAAUGCAUCUCCCUACUCAAUUGGCAUUGGUGAUUUUAACGAUGAUAAUAAAAUGGACUUAGUUGUUACUAAUCAAGGCAUUAACAAUAUCGGUGUCCUUUUAGGAUCUGGCAACGGUAAUUUUACAGAUUCGCUAAUAUACUAUUCAAGUGGUUCUUCAUCUUCGAUUGCGUUUGCCAUACAUGAUUUGAACGAAGAUAAUCGAUUAGAUAUCAUCGUCGUUAACAAUGAUACUGGUUCUAUUGAUAUUUUCCUUGGUUAUUUUGAAGGUUUUAUGAAUCAAACGUCGUAUUCAGCUGGUAGUGGGCCAAUAGCUGUUGGUGAUUUCAAUAAUGAUAAUCGACUUGAUAUUGUUGUCGCUAGUUUAGAUAGCAGCAACGUUAGCGUUCUUCUCGGAGAUGAGAAUGGUUUAUUUACAGAUCAAAGAAUGACGUAUUUAACUUGUGACGGAAUAUCUUCUAUAGCUGUUGGUGAUUUCAAUAAUGAUAAUCGACUAGAUAUUAUUGUCGCCGACCCUGUUAACGAUAAUAUCCACGUUCUCCUUGGAUAUAAUAAUGGUUCGUUUGUAGAUUCAACGACAUAUUUAGUCGGUGGUAUGCCGUUCGCUAUGGCUAUUGGCGAUUUCAACAAUGAUAACCAAUUGGAUAUUGUUGUCGCUAAUUCAAAUAGCAGUAACGUUAGCGUUCUUCUUGCAUAUGGUAAUGGUACAUUUGCAAAACAAAUGACAUAUCCAGCUGGUACUCAGCCAUUCUCUGUAGCUGUUGGUGAUUUCAACAAUGAUAGCCGACUGGAUAUUGUUGUUGCCAAUAAUGUUAGUUGCGACGUCAGUGUUCUUCUUGGAUUUGGGAAUGGUUUAUUUGCAAAGCAACUGACGUAUAUAACUGGAGUUUGGCCACUAUCUGUAGCUGUUGGUGAUUUCAACAAUGAUGCUCAGCUUGAUAUCACUGUCAGCAAUUCAUUUGGCGACUAUAUAAGUGUUCUUUUUGGAUAUGGCAAUGGUUCAUUUGCAGUUCCUAUGAUGUAUUCAGUUGGGACUAUGUCAUUCUCUGUAGCUGUUAAUGAUUUCAACAAUGAUAACCGACUGGAUAUUGUUCUCACCAGUGUUGUUCAUAAUCAUGUCAGUGUUAUUUUUGGGAAUGGGAAUGGUUCGUUUGCAAAAGAAAUGACGUUUCCAACCGGCAAAUCGCCAUACUUUCUAGCUGUUGGUGAUUUCAACAAUGACAGUCGAUUAGAUAUUGCUGUUACUAAUUUUGAUAGCAAUAGUAUCAGUGUACUGCUUCAAUACAAUAGAGGAGCCUUAACCAAACACAUGACUUAUGCAUCUGGUGGUGCUUCCAGUCUACGAUAUGCUACUAUUAGUGAUCUAAAUAAUGACACUCAACUCGAUAUCAUUGUAGCUAAUUAUGGUACUAACGAUAUCGGUGUUCUUUUCGGACGUGGGAAUGGUACUUUUCUAAGUCAAAAAAUGCUUAUCAGUAGCUUAAAUUCUCAUCCAUCAGCUAUUGCCGUUGCUGAUUAUAAUGGUGACAUGUUAUUAGAUAUUGCUGUGAUCAAUUAUGGUACUAAAGAUAUAAACAUACUACUUGGAAAUAUAGAAGGCACAUUUACAACUCAAGCAAGUAAUGGAUUUCAUUUUGUUUCAUCUCCAUUUCUUAUCGCUUCUGCUGAUUUUAAUAAUGAUGGACGAUCAGAAAUUGUUGUUGCAUAUGAUGAUAACGAAAAUGUGGAUAUAUUUUCUGCAUAUGACAUUAGAAUUUUUACAGAUCCAGUUCUCUAUUUAACUGGUAGUUUUCCUAGUUGUGUAUCCGUCGGCGAUUUUAAUAAUGAUAACCAACUUGAUGUCGUUGUCGCUAAUUUUGCUAGCAAUAGUACAAGUGUCUUUUUUGGGUAUGGUAAUGGAUCAUUUGCAAAUAAAAUAACGUAUUCAACUGGUCUUGGGCCAUUCUUUGUGGCUGUUGGUGAUUUUAACAACGAUAACCAAUCGGAUAUCGUUGUCGCUAAUUUUCUCAGCAAUAAUAUAAGUGUCCUUCUCGGGUAUCGGAAUGGUUCAUUUGCAGACCAAAUGACAUAUUCAACUGGAACUCAUCCACGAUCUCUCGCUGUUGGUGAUUUUAACAAUGAUAACAAAUUGGAUAUUGUUGUGGCGAAUUUUAAAAGCAAUAAUAUCAGUAUUCUUUUCGGGUAUGGUGAUGGUUCAUUUGCAGAACAAAUGACGUAUUCAACUGGUACUGGAUCACAGUCUGUAGCUGUUGGUGAUUUUAACAAUGAUAAUCGACUGGAUAUUGUUGUCACUAAUCUUUUUAACAAUAGUGUCAGCGUUCUUCUUGCAUAUGGUAAUGAUUCAUUUGCAAAGCAAAUAACGUAUUCAACUGGUACUCAGCCAUUUUCUGUAGCUGUUGGCGAUUUCAACAAUGAUAACCAAUUGGAUCUUGUUAUUGCCAAUCUGCUUAGCAAUAAUAUAAGCAUACUUUUUGGAUAUGAAAAUGGUUCAUUUACAGAUCAACUGACGUAUUCAACUGGCGCUGGACCAGGCUCGGUGACUGUUGGUGAUUUCAAUAAUGAUACUCGGCUUGAUAUCGCUGUCGCUAAUCUGGCCAACGAUUAUAUAAGUGUCUUUUUUGGAUAUGGAAAUGGUUCAUUUGAAAAUCAAAUGAAGUAUUUAACUCGAUUUUCUUCAUAUUCUAUAGCCAUUGGUGAUUUCAAUGUUGAUACUCGCCUAGAUAUCGUUGUUACGAAUGCAUUUGAAAAUCGUAUGAGUAUUCUCCUUGGAUCUUCCAAUCAAGUAUUUGUACCACAAAUCACACUUACAACUGGUAAUCAUUCCAGACCACGAUCAUUGGCUGUCGGUGAUGUUAACAACGAUAAUCAAACGGAUAUUAUUGUUGCUUAUUCAGGCACACAGAAUAUUGGUAUUUUUAUUGGACACGGUAAUAUCUCUUUUGCAAAUCAAGUUACAUUUUCAACUGGUUUAUACUCUUCUCCAUAUUCGGUAGCUGUUGGAUAUUUUGACAACGAUACUUAUCUAGAUAUCGUCGUGGCUAAUUAUGGCACGGCUAAUAUGGGUGUCUUUCUCGGACAUGGAAACGGUUCUUUUAAAAAUCAAACAACAUAUUCCACUGGUUCACGUUCAGGCCCAUAUUCUCUAGCUGUUGCUGAUUUUAACAAUGAUACGUUCUUGGAUGUUUUGGUUGCUAAUUAUGAUAGCAGCAAUCAAGGUAUUUUUCUCGGGUAUGGGAAUGGCAAAUUUGCAAACUUCUUGGUAGUUGCAACCAAUUAUGGAUCUCAUCCCUCGUCUGUUGUUGUCGGUGACUUCAACAAUGACAAAAAACCAGAUUUUGCUGUGAUCAAUAAUGGUACUGACAGUUUAGAUAUAUACUUACAGAUCUGUUAA